UUUUUUUUUUAUCCAACUUGCUCCUCUUCUUCCCUGCCUUUUCGCGCCCUCUCUUCCCACAACUUCCCUUUUUACGUACUUUGAGGUAAGAUAUCAACGCCUUCUUUAAUACACACUACAGUCAGUACAGCACAGCCCUCGUCCUCAAGCAGCCCUCCUGCUGCUCCCUCUCUGACUAUCUUACGUUGCCUGACUCUGCUGCGCACUGAGCACACAUAUACUCACUCACUCUCUCACUUCUUUUUGUUUUUCUACCGUACUUGAACGUCUUUUUCUUUCCUGUUAUUACUCUGGGGAACUCAGGCUAGAAAAGAGCACCAGGAUCAGCAACACCAUCGUCACACCCAAGUACACAAACGCAGCCGUCACAACAAGUAGGAGCUUCUACAGUCAGCGCCAUGUCAUCCUCAUCGCAGAGCUAUACCACUGCGCCUCCUCCAAACAUAGAUCAUCGAGCAACACAUCACCUAUGCAUUGGCAAUCUAAGCACCGACAACUGUUCAGGUCGCAUCAAAAUAACGUAUCCAGACUUGCUGCUAGGCCCAGGCAUAUUGAUGGUGACAUUCUAUGAUUUAAGAGAAGCAGCAGUUGCACUUGAAUCGAUCAAUUCAUCCGAGUAUCAAGAAAGAGUUAGAGCGACAUAUAUAUCCGAUGUUCAAUUGGCUACGCUGUCCAACACCCCACCUCAAGACAGCCGAUCCGCUAGAACGGUGAUUGUAACUCUCUGCGGUGCUCAUGAUCGCUUGGUGGAAUUCAAUUACAAGGUGAAAAAGAUAAACAAACGUCUAGUAGAAGCUAAUGCAACUACACCUUGUAAUUGUCUUACACAGGAAGGAGCUACAAGACAUAUAAUUGACGUGGAAUUCUCCGGUAGUCGGUGCACGAUCGAAGUUGAAUACUUUGACCUACGUGCUCCCUCCCGCAUCACAGCUGCGCUACAUAAUCACGCCUGUCAG